AUGGGGGUGAAAAAAGUGUUGGCGAUACUGACUAAUAAGGCCAAGGAAUUGUCAAAAUUUAGCUAUAAUCUGUGGAAGAUGAAAAGAGCGAUCAAGCUCAGUCAAGACGUCAUAAGAAAAUCUAAGUAUCAGAAAGUUGUAGCUGAUAUGCCUGGUAUAACGUGUUUGGAGAAUACGUUAGGUAUCAUUCAACUCGCGAUUCAAUGGUUUACGUUCAUGUUAAUUUUAAUCCUUUUCAUGUUAUAUUUUCCUUCGCAUCGAAAACUUGCACCAUAUAUUCGUCAUCUUCAUUUCAAUAUCCCACCAACUAGAUGGUCAAUUGAGUGGCGUAACUCUAUCGUAGUUGCCAUUAUUAUUACAAUACAUUUUAUCAUUACUCUAACCAUUACAGGGAUCCUUUUAUUAUUUUAUGGUCAUGAAGAUAUCAAUUGGAUGAAAGGGUGGGCAGAUUUCUUGGGUGUAUCGUCCAUGAUAUUUGUAUCUAUUCAAUUUAUCCCACAGUUAUACAGAACAUGGUGGCGUAAGUCCGUUGGUGCGCUUAGCAUUCCGAUGAUGUUUAUGCAAGUUCCUGCUUCGUUUAUUUUUGUUUACACACUUUAUAUUAGACCCGGUACUAGAUGGACCACAUGGAUUGUAUUCUUUGUUUCAGGAUGUUUACAAGGAAUACUUCUCAUCAUGUGUAUUUGCUGGUAUUUUCGAUCAAAACGUCUCGGUCAUGGACCAUUUUAUGUCAGUGAAACAGAUCAACUACUGGGUCGUAAUGGUAAACCAUUGCUUCCUGAUGAACGUACAAGGUUAAUAAAUAAAGGACAAAAGAAACGUUCGCCUAGACCUUCCACUUCAAGGGGAAGUAGCUACAAUAGCAAUACUUCUGACCUCCCCCCUACUAAAGAUCAUAGUUUAAAUAUUGAUAAUGAUCCCAGUUAUUUGGCUGUAUCAUCUUAA